AUGGAUCGCAGAUUUAGCGCCGAUCACCAAUGGUUCGUUUCACCGCUUCUAGAGCUGAAAGCAGUCAAGGAGGAUUUAUUGGACGCGAGAGAAGAUGCAGAAAUAACAAUCGACCGAGAAAUCGACACAGCGACAGAUGCAGAAGACCUGAAAAAAGUGGAAAUGGAGGUGUGGCAGAACAGCAUGACUUUGGAAGGAUUCAGCAGUUCAGAUGCCGCGGAAGCCAUUUCAGCAGUUUCAGACCUUGAUAUGUUUCUCUCCGAUGUAGGAUCCAGCCGAAAUUUGGAGGAUAUGAAGGGAGACGAAGCUGAUUUAAAGAAAUCAAUUUUGUUCACUCAUAAAGAGUUUGCCAAAAGAAACGAGUGGACGAAAGCUUCCAGACAGCGAAAAUCGCAGUAUGUGACGUCGCUGAAAUACGAUAAAUUUAUGAUGAGCGGCGGGGCGAACACAACGAUGUACCGCCCGCAGUGCUCCAUCACUGAAAAAUGCGACGAUGACAUCGUCCUCAUCGUCGACACCAUAGUUCCAUACAACAGACCGCUUCAGUCCCACGAGUUGCGGAGCUCACGUCUUCUGAAGACUCAGAACAAGUUUCUAGUCAGAGGAGACACUUUUUUGUCAGAUUUGAGGAAGAAAUUUUACUGCCAAUGCGACACAAUCGUCCCCCUGGAGAAUGGCCUGGAGUUGGAGCCACCUUGCUUUGAUAAUUCCACUGCUGAGAGAUUCCCCUCCUCGUUCAUUUUUGUGCAUAACACGUUUUAUGUUGACUCCGCGCCGGAAAACGCACAAGAUAUUUCCUUCCCAAUUCGAAAGUUCAUGCAAGACAGGGAGAUUUUCGACCCGGUGGACGCGGUGCCAAUGGAAGGCGUUCGGAUUAUCGAUUUGAGUCUCCGCCUCGGCCAGCCCUACGUUUUUCAGCACUCUGGAAACUGUGAGCAUGUGCUGAUAUUUCAUGAUUUGCGGCUGCUACAUGAAUCGGAUCCACGUGGCAUCGAUCAGUAUCCGUAUGUGUUGUAUGAGAAGGGAAACGAGCGGAAGUGCGAGAUUUGUAAAAAAGGACAUGUCGAAUUCGUCGUAGAUCGUCACGAACUCCUUCCCAACACGUACACCUACUUCUGUCGGUCCUGCUUUCAGGAGUACAAUUUUGUGCAUGGCGUCAAAACGCACUCGUUCAACGCAUGGCCAUACACUGAGCUGAAGAAGGUGGAGCAGAACGGAUGGCCGUUUGAUGAGCCCGAUGAUAUGGAUGAUUCUUGA